CUCACCUGCCGUCUUCGCCAUCUGAAAUGUGACAAAUCUGCAGCGAAAUGUUUACGCUGCCAGCGAUCUGGUCGCGAAUGCGUGCCAGCUCCCAGCAAGUCUGAGGAGGUUUCCUUUCGGCAUGGCCAAAAUCCAUCCUUGCGAGGAAAGGGCCCCCCAAGAUACGGGGAGACGGACCUUGCGUUCCCAGAUGAUCAGGUCUGGGUACAGACAUCUUUGGGAGUUUCCUUCAAAGAUGAGACCGACCAGACGGCCGGUGAAUAUCAUGUGGUGCCAGUCGGCUCUCAGCCGGCAGUGUCACGAUCUUCGUCAGAAGGCCUAUCCACGCCCUCCUCUACUCCUUUGGAGUCUGCCCAGGCGGCUCCAGAUCUCACGAUUCUUUCGUAUGCUUCGGGAUCUCAAGUCGGCUCUCGCUCGACCUCGGCAAAUUCACCAUGCUCCUCUACACCAGUAAGUCACCCGAGGAUUACGAAUGUGAACGAGGCGUAUUUGCUGCGACAUUUCCAGAAAUAUCUCGCGCCGUGGCUUGACGCAUGUGACCCUGAGCGACACUUUUCGACGGAUGUUGUCGAGCGUGCGAGCCAGUCACCGUUGCUGCUUUACGCAUGUAUCGCAGUGUCAGCAUGCCAUCUCUCGCGAACAACAAACAGCAUCGCACCCGAUGUCGCUGAUGCAUAUCAUGAGCGGUGCAUAUCGAUUAUGCUUCCGGUUCUAGACAAACCCGAGUUCGAAAUUGGCAUUGACAUUCUGCUUUCCUCGACGACGAUUUUGCGAUUUUUCGAGCAAAUAUCCUCACACAAUCCGUCCAAUGACCCGCAACGCCAUCUACUGGCCGGUUCAGUCUACAUCAGCUCACAUGUCGACUGUGCGAUCUCCGGUGGUCUUGCGUCGUCCUCGUUCUGGGUGUUUGUCAUCCAAGACAUCCAAUUCGCGCUGACGUAUCAAAAAUGCCUUCGGCUCAGUUUCGCACCUUUCGACGACCGGCUGCGACGGUGGUGGGUUGCCAAGCCUACUCUGAGUGACAGCGACUGGACUCGACGCGCGAUCUGGCUGUUGGCCGAGACCAUCGACUUUUGCUAUAAUGUGUCGGGCCAAAACUAUGGCGACCGGCUGGGUGUGGCGGGCGAGAAUGCACUGAAGCAACGCGUUCUGGAGUGGGAGUCGGCGCGUCCGGAUACCUUUGCACCGCUGCAUGCGUCGUCGUCGGAGCCUGCGAGAGGCAAGCCAUUUCCGCUAGUGUGGUAUACUAGCUCGUGGCAUGCUACUGCGAUUCAGCAUGUCUGUCUUGCCAAGGCUCUAAUCCUGAUCCGCGAAUCUGAAGUAUAUAAUGCAACCAUGCUCCCUUCAGCGCAGCAGGUGCAGCGGAAGGAGGAUAUUACUGAGAACCUGGACCUCUUGUUUGGCAUCGCCUUGUCUGCCGACGAUGACGCUUCGCUGCGAAUCAUGGCCUGCCAUGCACUUUCUACCUGCGGAUCGUGGAUCGAGGAUCUCGUCGCCCAAAACCUACUGUUCGAUCUUCUGCGCCGGACGGAGAGGGAGAACGGCUGGCCGUGGGCGUAUGUGGAACAGCGCGUGAUGCAUGCAUGGCGGACAAACCCACGAUAG